UCCGUUAACCGCUGCUAAAGGAUUAAAGGAAGCGGCAAAGCUGCUGUAACUGCGUCAGAAGUAGAUGAGGAUAAGCAGACAUGCCACCACUCCUUCACUGCUGUGAGUAUUUCUCCUUGGCUAAUCCAUCUUUACCUCUAAGAUGUGCAGUUAUUUUUAACUCUGCCACUCAAACCAGAGCUUUCUUCAGCUCCCCUAAAACCCCAGAUAAAUUCAACUCAAAAUCUUUCAAGAACCUGUCAUUUCGUGCGAAAGAUUCAAUUUUGGGAACAACCCGUGUUUUAUUUUGCUCUAAAAAUGAAGUCUUUGAGGAUUUCAAGAGUGCCCAUGUGAGGCCUGAAAUUGAGAAUUUUGAUGAGCUUGAAUUGCUUGAUAAGCCUUUUCCAAAGCAAAUGGAUGAUGGUUCUGUAACAGAAAUUGAAGAGGAAGAAUUGAAGAAGGAUGAUAAAGACGAUGUCUUGGAGGAAUUUUAUAAGUUUUUUAAGCCCAGAGAUGAGUUACGGCAAGAAAUUGACGUAGAAGAGGGUGGAAAGGGGAGUCAAACUGGAGAAGGUUAUCAGAUUGAGAAAGUAAGUAUUGAGUAUUAUGAGCCUAAACCAGGUGAUUUGGUUGUUGGAGUUGUGGUUUCAGGCAAUGAGAAUAGGCUUGAUGUGAAUGUUGGUGCUGAUAUACUAGGGACAAUGUUGACAAAAGAAGUGCUGCCACUGUAUGAUAAAGAGAUUAAUUAUUUGUUAUGUAAUUUAGAGAACGAUGCAGAGGAGUUUAUGGUUAAUGGGAAGGCGGGGAUUGUGAAGAAUGAUGAGGCUGUGAGUCGGGAAGCAAUGCCAGGUAGGCCAGUAGUAGCGCCUGGAACACUUCUUUAUGCUGAGGUUCUGGGAAGAACACUCAGUGGCCGGCCAUUAUUGUCAACAAGACGACUCUUCAGACGUAUUGCUUGGCAUCGUGUGAGGCAGAUAAAGCAACUCAAUGAACCUAUUCUCAUCAAAAUAACAGAGUGGAAUACUGGUGGUCUUCUUACUAGAAUAGAGGGUUUACGUGCCUUUCUUCCGAAGAUUGAGUUGAUGAAUAAGAUCAGCAAUUACACUCAGCUGAAAGAGAAUGUUGGUUGCUGGCUCUAUGUGUUUAUUACGAGAAUAAAUGAAGAUACAAAUGAUCUGAUACUCAGUGAGAAGGAUGCUUGGGAAGUCCUUAAUCUUCAAGAGGGGACACUUCUUGAGGGAACGGUCAGGAAAAUUUUUCCAUACGGUGCUCAGAUCAGGAUUGGUGAGACUAACAGGAGUGGAUUAUUGCAUAUCUCAAACAUCACUCGGGGACGAAUUGCUUCUGUCAGCAAUUUGUUGGAAAUUGAUGAGAAGGUUAAAGUUCUAGUUGUUAAGUCGAUGUUUCCUGACAAAAUAUCUCUGAGUAUAGCUGAACUUGAAAGUGAGCCAGGGUUGUUUCUGUCAAACAAGGAGAAAGUAUUUGCUGAAGCUGAAGAGAUGGCAAAGAAGUACAGACAGAAGAUGCCAGCCGUUUCAGCAGCCCAAAAAUCAGCUCCGCUUCCGGCCAACUCAAUACCUUUUGAAGAUGAAGAAAAUAUUCUAGCAAAUUGGAAAUGGUUUAUAUUUGAUAAAGAUCGUGUACCAAACCCAUAGUUUCACAGUUGGAAAGCAGAAGGAACCCAAUUGGGAAAGGCCAACAGAAGCCUCCACAGAUUGUACCACUUCCUCCCCUCAACCAUGGUGCGCUUGAAAGCAAAUUUCAACUUGGGCAGCUUCAUUUAUGGUCAUGAUCAAGGUAAAUCAUAAAGUUUAUAACGGGGCACUACAAGAUCUAAAUCACCAGCCAUCUGAAAUUAGAGGAGCUAAGCAAUUUAAUUGUCAGGAUAUCCAGAGGAUAGGCCCUAGUAAAUUCUGCUUGAUUAUUUACGCAAUCAAUCAGGUGUUUGUAUUCGUACUACGCAAUCAUCCGUUUCUCUUGCUUAUAGCCGCUUCUUCAUGGCUAUUUAUUUGUCCACAGAGUGACUUCUUGAUGUGCUUUUACCUCAGGCUAUCUUCUGUAAAGAUUAUUCCUUCAUCUUAGGAUGCCAAAAUUUUUGUAGUCUGCACUAAGGCAUGUGCUUCCAACUAUGAGUCUUGUAGUUGUAAGGCAUCAUUGACAUAGCCCCAGAAGGGUGGAAGUGGAAGAGAAAAUAAUGCAUUAAUUUCUUGUACCUUAU